AUGUUUAGGUCUAACGAUGGAGCAGGAGAAAACACCAAUUUCCUUGGGCCCCCGCUAGCAGGGGGUUAUUCCCUCCCCCCAGGAACCCCGAACACCUUUGAUUUGUUUGCGAAAUAUAAAAUAUUCACCCCCUUUAUUAUUUUCUACUUCACCAUUAUAUAUCUCUUGAGUGUCCUCCGCAAUGCGUUCACAAGGCUCUUCCACAAAGGGAACAACCUGCCAAAGAAACUCUGCAUGUCACCAAAGAAAAACGACCAAGGGAUGACCGCCAUCGGGUGGUGCUCGUAUCAAGAUACGUACCCAAGUCAGCAUUUUAAUAGCGCCGAGGUGACGAAUGUAAACGAAUUUAAAGGCAAAGAAAAGGAAAAAACACAGCAUGUGAGUAAAAAAAAUCAAAAAAAAGGACCCGUUUUGUAUAGCCUAAUGGACAACCAAAACAGAGCAAACCUCCGCCUAAAAUAUGGACAUCUGUUCAAAGGAACAAACCAAUCUAACAAUCAAAAAAAUAUUCAGCUGGUCGAAGAGGAUGAUGAGGAAGAUGAGGAAGAUGACUCAGAUGAUGAUUCAGAUUUCGAUUUAGAAGAUGAUUAUUAUGAGGACAACUACGAUAGCUUCGACUAUGAUGACGGGGAGGACGACACGGAGACCUUCAAAGAACGAAGCAGAAAAAUGCGCAGGAGAGUAAAAAAAACGAUAAAAAAAGAGGUAAAAAAAGAGGUAAACAAAGAGGUAAAAGAUGAGCUAAAAAUGGAGGUAAGAAAUGAACUAAAGGAAUUUUUUAAAAACGAAAUGAAAAAAAAUUUACUCGAAGAAUUGAUGAAUGAAUUUAAGUCCAAACAAAUGGACACAACGAAGGAGGGUAGCGAAAAUGAACAAAUGGACACGACGAAGGAGGGUAGCGAAAAUGAACAACCGACACUCAACCAGCAGAUAGUGCAAACAAUUCUACAGGAUGUAAUCACCAGUCAAGCUCAAGAAAACACACGUCUGAUAAAUCCCAACUCUCCGAAAGAUCUACGACAAUUGAAUCUCGAACUCAUUGAUGCGGAAAAUAAACAUAGGAAAAAAAAAAACGAAGAAGAACUAAAAGUUACUCAACUGAGACAGGCACAAGAAGAAAUUAAUCAAAUCAAAAAACAAAUUGAAAAUGUGAAAUAUAAGAGGAAUAUUUAUGUGCACCCGAAUGAAGAAUACAAACAGCUGCUGUUUCUGUACCCACAAAAUAAAAUGUCCCAGGAGGAGGAAAAAAAAGGGCUCAUUAAGGAGCUGCAAAGGAAAUAUCAAAUCAAAAUGGAACAGAAGCAGAAUCUACUUAAGAACAUGCAGAAGGUGCAGAAUGAAGUGCAGCGCGCGGGUGACAAGGUGGAGGCCCUGCGCGCAAGCGUUAAAGCGAAGGAGGAGGAAGAAAACUAUAAGGGGAAAGUAAACCGGCCGUUUGACCAACACCCGUCGAUGGAAACCAAAGAGGAAGCGCACUUAACAAAUAUAUCGCACCUGUCAGACCUACCGCAACUACCUCCAGCACCAUCGAUAACAUCGCUACCGGCACAGUGGAAAGGAACAACCGUCCCGGCGCGCGCAGAGAGAUCGCCACUGCCAGUCAAAAUCAGAAUUCUGUAG